ACUACAUUUUCAGGAAAACUUCAUUCAGUCGUCCAUUCCAGGUUGAGGAGGAGUCGACGCCGAUCGGAUCAACCGCUGGCCUCUGCGAAACUCCGUCUAAGUAGUGGCCAAGAACCGAGCACAAUGAGGAGUGGCGUGGCUCUGACUACGCUGGUUCUGUUGGGCCUCGUUUGCAGCCAGGACGUCCUGCCAGGCGUUCACAUCUUCUGCGACGACCCGUCUGUCGAGAAGGCCGUUGCCAGCGCUCUACACAUUUUCAAUGACAGGCAGAGCACAAGCUACAAGUUGGCCCUCUACCAGAUAUUAACGGCCACCAAGUCAGAGAACGGCUCGGAAUCUUUCUACUCGCUGCAUUUUUCGAGCAGGUUUACUGACUGCCCGGCAGGAAGUCCAAGACCUCACACAGAUUGCAACUAUGACCCGUAUGGGCGCCAAGUGCCUUUAUCCUGCAAUGCCACAGUGGUCAUGACAGAGACUGAAGCUCACACGAAACAGGUGCACUGUCUUCUCGAUGACCAUAUCGUGCCGGAAAGAGCUUCCUGUCUGGGCUGCCCGAUGGAGAUUGAUGAGAACUCCGAGGACAUUAAAGUUCCUCUCUCCUUCUCCAUCUCCAAGUACAACUCCAUCUCAAACUCCACACACCUGUUUAGUCUGAACAACAUUGGACGCGCAACAAGACAGGUGGUGGCGGGUUUCAGAUUUAAACUGCAAUUUGACAUGAAGAAGACCACGUGUGCAAAGGCUGAACACAGCGAACUCAGUGACCUCUGCGUGCACGACGACGAGGCGACGGAGUUCGUCCACUGUCAUUCCACAGUGGACGUCGCGCCGUGGAGACAUGUGCCCCCUCAGGCCAGUAUAGACUGCGCGGACGGUCCUCUGCCUCCUCAGCCAUUUAGUCGGCGCCUGCCCCCCGGCUGGACCCCCUUUAGGGACGCGGUAAAAGAGGAUCCCGUCCCCGCAUCAAUUCCUGCAUGUCCCCUUUUCCCAAUAAUGCCUCUGCGUGAUGAAGACCUUCUGGCGUGA